CCCGCAGUCUAAAGUGACUCAUAAGGCCACAGAGUGACAGUGCAGCAGGUUGGGGUGUAUUUAUGGCUCAGUGUGUUUCGCUGCAAAAGCGUCCAUGUCUAUUUUUUAGCCCCAACUGUUACUGCCUUCCUGUUCACAUGUUCAGUCCUCUCUCUCUCUCUCGUUUUCUCUCUCUCUCUCUCUCUCUCUCUCUCUCUCUCUUUCUCUCUCUCCCUCUCUUGUUCUCUCUCUCUCUCUCUCUCUCUCUCUCCCUCUUUCUCUCUGUCAACCCUCUCUGGGGAGAAACUCAGUGAUUCAUUCUUUCCUAACUUGAAAAGAAGAAGUGAAAUAUUUAACCAUCAUUGCUCACUCUCUUCACAUCUCUCUCUCUCUCCCUCUCUCUGUCUCUCUCGUAUCAGUGGUGGUAGUACUUGACAGUUUAACAGUGUUAGCAGAGUGUGUUUCUGCAGAUCUUACUGGAGAUGGAGAAGCAGGAAUGUGGUCCUGGGUUCAGUUGGGAUCUUCUGGUGAAAGAGUGCAUUAUGGAGGAAUCACACCAGCCCGUGACUGCAGACACCCUGGCAGUGCGGAACACAAGAGCUCCAGCUCAGUCUUGGGUGGAGGUGGCCCCCAGUGUGUGGAUCUGUGUGGGGGUUGUCCUGAGCAGCUCGAUACUAGCACUCCUACUCUGGUUUAUCAUCUACAGGAGACACAAACACAAUGCAGGUAAGAGAAGUUCUGAGCCUCCAGCAUCUGUUCCACAAAAUGGCAGUGCAGUCAGCCCGAUGUUACCAGAACAGAAGGAAGAUUCUCCUCUUUCCUGUACGCACUGGAAUGAUAGGACGCAGGACCUGUCCGUGUGUGAACUGGGUUGGGGGCAAAGCAUCUGUAAAGGAAAGGUGCAGCACGGAGUUCCCGUACCUGCAACCGAACUCGGAGACUCUGCCCUGGUGACCACCAAAACUGUGCAGCCCAUCGAGGACUGAAACAAAGAGUGUACUUAAGAGGAGACUAAUACACCAAUCCCAUUUUCUCCUAGUGUAUCCCAUGUACUACACUGUCUGCAUUUACUCCCAAUGUUGCCCAUUUACUCCUAUAAUCUCCCUUCUA